AAAAACAACAGCAAGAAAAUAAAGAAUUAUUAAACGAAAUAGAAAUAUUAAAACAACAAUUAGCAGAUAAAAAUAGAGAACUCAAUGAUUAUAAAAAUACAGAAGUAAGUGAGCAAGAAGAAGCAGAAUUUAAACAAAAAGCAACUGAAAGAAUUCACCAAAUGUUGGUAGAGAUGAGGAACAGAAAUGAAAUAAAAGAAGGAGGUGAAAUCUUUGGUAGACCAACUAAGGAUAUAAUUCUUAAAGAUAUUAUUGGAGGUAAGGAUGAAAGAAUUAAAGAGUUGGAAGUGAAGGUAGAAGAAUUAGAAGAAAAAGUAGAAGGUUUGGAAGAUAAUUUAGAAAUGGAAUGUGAAGAAGCUGAGAAAGCAUUGAAUGCAGCCAUGAAGUGGAGAGAAUGCCAAAUAAAAGUAGUAAGAUCAAUCUAUGUUUCGAGAGAGAAGUGA